AUGGCGCGCUCCACCAAGUAUACCACGGCCGCCUCGCCCCAGAAGACGCCUGUCAGAGUGCCGCUCAACGACGACCGCCAGGAAAAGGCCGCCCGCCGCCAUGCGCACCAACAGGCCCAGCGCGACUCGAUGCGCGCCUCGACUACGACUGCGACUCCCGGACGCCGCCGCGUGUCGCUUGCCGCCGCCUACGACACGCCACACACCCCGUCGCAAGAUGGCGACGACAUGCCCGAUGUCACUGGCACUGCUGUCACACCGGGCACCCGCGUUAUGCCGCUGCUGGCCAACUUCGAGGAAUGGAUGAAGAUGGCGACGGACAACAAAAUCAACGCGAACAACUCGUGGAACUUCGCCCUCAUCGACUACUUCCACGAGAUGUCCCUGCUCAAAGAGGGCGACGGCGUCAACUUCCAGAAGGCUAGCUGCACGCUAGACGGCUGCGUCAAGAUCUACACCAGCAGAGUCGACAGCGUUGCGACCGACACGGGCAAGCUGCUCAGCGGACUCGCCGAGAAUGUGGGCAAGAAGCGGAGAGGACACGGCGACGAUGCCGAUGGGAGCGACGAGGAUGAGGGCGACGGCGAGGAGGCUGAAGCCGGAGAGCAUGGCCAGAAGAAGCGCAAGAAGAGGGCUGCUCGCUCUGCAGAAGCCACGCUCGCGUCGUCCUUUGCCCAACUGCAGAACAAGAAGAUGGAGCUCGAGUUCUCGGUUGAUCCGCUCUUCAAAAAAGCCUCGGCCGACUUUGACGAGGGCGGGGCCAAAGGACUCCUUCUUAACCACCUGGCUAUAGACGGGAGCGGCAGGAUUGUCUUCGACAGCAGCGAUGACGCCAACGAUGCCGUCACCCAAGAUUCACUCCCCACUCAUGACCAUCAACUGGCCCCCGACGCCAUCGAUGUUGACAUAUCCGGCCUGACUGCCAAGUACUUCCACGAUCUUUCCCAGCUCGACCGGCAAGACGUGUGUCCGUCGAUGAAGACGUUCGAUCUCGGCGAUGUGAAUGGCUCUAUGGACCUUCCCUUCCUCAAGGCUGCUGACAACUCCUCCGGUGAAGACGGAGCCAAGCACGGAGACGACAACGCAGGCAGCCAAUCAGGUCUUUUUCUCGGCGACGAUAACCCCAUGGAAUUUGACGACGAUCAUGACCUGAAUAUGGGCGGGUUUGAUCUGCCUCCAGAGACGGGCUUUGGCGAAGGCGGGGAGAUCUGGGCUCGUGAGGCUAUCCAGCAUCCACAAGCUCGCAUCCACACCAUGGACCUGAAUGGCGACGAGAACACAGACAGUGCCGACGCUCCGUAUGGCGUGUCCAUGAUGCACGGCCGCGACCAAGAACAAGAGAACAUCCUUAGCUAUUUUGACCAAGCUCUUAAGAAGAGCUGGGCAGGGCCUGAGCAUUGGCGCAUCUCACGCGUCAAGCAUUCCGCAAAGACAGCACCGGCGACGAAACGGAAGGAAAGGGAGCCAUUCGAGAUCGACUUCACAGCUCCAAUGUCACAGACACUAGCAGAUGUGCUCUACACGCCUGCGACAUCCAACUCCGCGAUAUCUCUACCCAAAGCACAAUGGAAGUCCAGGUCGCGCAACCUUCUCCCAGACGACAAGCACUUCAACUCCAAACAGCUGCUGCGUCUUUUCCUUAAACCCAAGGCGCGUAUGGGCUCACGCAAGGGAGGACGCCGUGCACAUGCACUCCCUGGAGAUUCAGCACGCGUGGACGAAGCAUACUGGGCUCAUCAGGGUCAAGAAGGCGACGGUGACGAUGCACAGGGAAACUACGACGCCGACUUUUUCCAGGAUGAUGGUCUCCAGAUACCUAGUGGCCCUCUCGACGAUGACGAUGUGUUUGCAGAUGCGCGCGAUCACUUCUCGCCGCCGCCUGACGCACCUGAAGCUACACUACCACUCGACGGCAUGCAACCGGGUUCGCAGACCGACGCAUUCGGUGCUCAGCUAGUGACGCAAAGCCGACGAUUUCGGCCUGAAUACGUCCAGUACGCAAGGGUCGCAAAGAAGGUGGACGUGAAAAGACUAAAGGACGAACUCUGGAGGGGUAUCGGGUUCGAUGGCAUUUCUGCGCCUCCUCAGCCCAAUGUUGCCGACGAUCCAGCAAACAAGGCCGUGGAUGGUUCGUUGACCUUUACCGACGUUGUCAACAGCCUACAGGCCGUCUACCCAAAACAAACCCUGGCUGAUAUCUCCACAAGCUACUGCUUUAUUUGUUUGUUGCAUCUGGCCAACGAACAAGGCCUGGUCAUUGAAAAUCAAGAAACCUUCGAAAAUUUGACGAUUCGAAAAGACUUCACGGCGGACUUGGACGUUGGAGGAUCGUGA